AAUUAGUACACAAAAAAAGGAUUUCUUUAUGAAAAUUUUUAUUUCUUAAGGCGAGAAAAUUUUUUAUUUUCAUUUCAUACUGCGAAUAUUUUUUCCGCCAAAAAAGUCUUUUUUUUCUGCGUACACCGAAAUAUAAAAUAACUAUUGGAAUUUUAUUUUAUUUUAUUUUAUUACAAAAAAGCGCGAAAAUUUAAAGAGUUCACUCAAAAUCAUUUUCUUACCGAAAAAUUCUGAGCUCAAUUCAAAAUUUGUUAUUUUUUUGUAGUGUAAAUAAUUCAAUUUUUUAUUAAUGACAUGCGGAUGAUUAUCUGAUGAAUUUUCAUUGUUAAUUGUGAGUAAAACUGGGUCUGAAUGAAUCAUUACUCUUCCAUUUCUACAUAGUGUUCAUUUAUGGAGUAAUUUCGAGUAACUUUUGAAUAAAAAAUAAAAUAAAAGGAACCAGUUUUUAUUUUGUUUUUGGCUCAGGUUUACUCUAAAUCGUAGUGUAAAUUUUAUCAAAAAAUUAUCUUCAUAUACCGAAGAAAAUAUAAUUUUUCAAGUCAUUCUUUUUAUUAGCGUAAUUACCCGAAAAGUAUUUCUUUUUUUACAAAUUCCUAUACUAAGCCCAGUAAAUAUAAUUUCCACAAGAUUACUGAUGGAAAUCUCUCAUGUUACAUAUGUCCUUUUAAUCCUAGAGUACGUAGCCAGUGAACUGGAUCACGAACUACUCAAACAGUUCUCAGUGUUUAGAUUACACGGACUGAGCUACAGAUUACAGUAUAAAGGUUUAGAUCGGAAACUCCAUUCUCUCUUUUUUUUAUUGUGAGGCAUUGUAUGAACAUAUACAUAUACAUAUUCAUAUUCAUAUUCAUAUAGAUGUAGGCAUAGAUAUACACAAAUAGGUAGACAUAGAUGUAAUAGAGCCAGGGUGUGUGUAUUCUAAAGACCAUGUAUAGCUGAGCUCGUAUCCUGAGAGUGGGACGAGUCAACACUCUCGAUCCUUUUCCUCAACUUUACUCCAUCAUCAUGUCUUCGUAUGUUGGUUGAGUCUUUCUUUCUCUUCAGUACUUCACUUACUCCUUCUCUUCCACCUGGCAUUUUGUAGCCAUCCGGAUAACCUGUUCGAUGCUCAGCGUCAGUCGCGGGAACGCCGGAUUUACCUGCGAUACAUUCAGACCUAUCCCUUUAUUACUCCAUCAAUACCUCUUAUUUAUUAUCAUUAUUAUUAAUAGUAGCCAUUGUCUAAUUUUUUAAUCACUCAUGAACACAACAAGUGAACUAAUUAAGUGGUUGCUUUAAUUUCAAUUAAUGACAAUGAUUUAUUUUAAAUAAUCGCCAGUAAUUAAUAAAUAUCAGUGUCGGUGGUGAAGUAUUAAUUAUAUAGAACAAUAAUUAAGUGAGUCAUUAAUUAAAGGAUUGAAAAAAAAAAUCAGAUGAAGAAACAGUUUAUAAGACGAUUUCGUCAUCGAAAUCGGUGUCGAGGAGUAUAAAUAAUCAAGGAAGAAAUAAUAAUAGUGACUGCAGUGCAGUCUUACAAGUUGAAUUAGGAUUUCAACACAGAAUGCCACCUCUCUAUGGGGAGGAACAGACUCCCAAUCAAAACCAGCAAAGUCUUCAAACUCACAGCAAUAAAUUUCCGAUUGAACGAGAAGUAGUUUUGAGUUCCGUUGACAAAAACACAAAGAUACCGAUUUUACAUGAGUACAACAAAAGAAGCGGACUAAGUCGCGCGAUAGCUCCCGACGCCCCGGUCAAACAGCAGGCCUGGGUUCAGGAGGGUAACCAAGUAGAUCACCGACAGGAUCAUGUGCAAAAUUUUCAAACCCAGGACAUUUAUACGUCAACACCAACAGGAGCAGUACCACGAAUAACAAAAUCAGAAGACGACCGUACAAAAUCACUUUCACGAACAUAUCAUACGAUCAAGGACAUGAUUUCUAGUCGUUUCGGUCCCUCGAGAAAAGACAUUGAACCAGACGUUGAAGUGAGUCUCAAUAAUGUGACAGAAGAAAUUAGAAAAUCAAAUAAAAGUAUCGACGAGGAGGAGAGUAAAAAAAAAGAAAGUAUCUACAGCAAAUCAUCACGAUCGCAAGACCCAUCUAUGAAGAUGCAACACUUUCAGCCAAAUAAUGCCUACAAUGCUCAAUCAUACAACUCAUAUUACCAAAGUUCCCAGAACGGUAUUAUGCAAUCGGGACAGCUUUCGAACGCGCAAUUACACCCAAGUCUUCCAGGGCAGUCUGCCCAGCUGCAUGUCAGCCACAUAACACCUCCAGGCGGUGUCCAAACCGUUCAUCAGACACAAGUCUCUGCUUACAAUCCCCCGGUACCUGGUACGAGAAACGAUUACGUCGUUCAAGGCUCCAGUGGGAUACAGCAGCCUCAUCAGCUACAAAAUCCCCCUGUCGGGAAGCACGGACUGCCUAUGCAACCUGUGUCCGCAGCAGGACCUAAUCAUCAGAGCUACCAGAGUCCUCAGCAGCUGAUACAUCAGUCGCAGAUUCAUCAGAGUCCUAGAUUUUCUCAUCAGCACAUGCAGAAUAUGCACCAGAGACAGUUGAUCCAGCAACAGCAGCAGCAGCAGCAACAUAAUAUGGGAGCAGGUCAACAACCCAGUCCAAGAUCAACCGCUAGAGCCCAACAACAAUCACUAUUUCCUGCUGGUGUCUCUUAUCAACAGUAUCAGCAAGUCAGGCAGACUAUCUCGAGAUCUCAGAUUGAUUUACCGAGCACUUCUCGACAGGCUCUUGACGUAAGAAUUUUAGGGCAAGAAGUUUUUUAUCAUUACAAUAAAGGUAGACCUGGUUAUCAAGCUCCGCCACAGGUUUAUAUUAAACAAGAUAAUAAUAAUAAGGAGAGUAAUAACGAGCUGCGUUCAUCGAUGAUGGAGAAAGCCAUGUCUCAGCCCCACUUGUGUUACGAUGACAUAAAUAAUCAAGAUAUUGGAAAUAGUAACCCAGAUAAUACAUUGUCAUCAGAAAAGUACGAAAUUACCGUCGAGGGCAGAGGACAAGAGUUUGCUGAUGACAAAAAUGAUAAUGCCCAAAGAAGAGCCCAGAACGGGGACUUCAGACCUGACACGAGCUUCGGAAACCGCAGAGACGAUGUCAGGUGUUCGAAAAAAGAUUCUGAGAAAUUUAAUCAGGAACAGGAACUGAGUGCGAAUGAUAAGAACGAGCUGGGGCACAAUAAAGUUCAAGAGCAAGCAGUAAAACGCGAAGAUUUGUCUGAAAGUAAUGGGAAAGAUGGUAAAAAAAGCGCGCAGUUAAAACCAGAGGAACGAAAAUCUCCGGAGGAUAAAAAAACCUCCGAGUUGAAGAAGGAAGAUCUGGAAAACGGGAUGAUGAGGCUGAAAAUAAAUCAUAAUCAAGGCUCGGGCUCGGAUUAUGAUAAACCAGGUCAGAGUUCCAGCAACGUCGACUCGGGAAGAGGCUCUGCCGUUUAUUCGAGUGGUCGACGACCGCCGCCAGUCGAUCAAAAUAAUGGCCAAAACAGAGACUCGGAAUGGGUGGAUAUCGUGGAAUCUGAACUGCGUAGCAUUUUAGAACCGUCAAGAGACAUUCCGGCGAUGGCUCACUCUACUCUCUCGGAGAGCGUAUCUUCGGUGACGCCACCACUGCCACCACUUUCGCCUCACGGAAGUCCCCGGACUCCGAGAAAUCGAUACACGUCAAGUUUGCCGUAUGGAGCGAAACCCAAUUACACUGACUACGGAAAAAAUACCGAUAAGAGAAAUUUUCAGAGCAACAUCAAACAUCGCGGGGCUUCGACAUCAAAAAAAGACGCGGCUAAAAAAUUUUCCCACCUUUUCGGUGUAGAAGCAGCGGAUUUAACUUCGACGACAACUGGACUGGACUUAGACUCGAUGUUGGACAGAAGCGACUCGGAUCUGAGCACAAACGACGCGAGAACUAUCAGAAAACAACUUGAAGGCCUGGAAAACAUGUACAGCGAAGUUUUGAAACUGCUCGGCGGAAGUGUUAAAAAACGAAAGAAAGCACGAGGACUAACGAGCUACGGAUCGGUAUCUUCAUUACCAACCUCUUCGGUAUCUUCGAGGCCGAUCGCUCGGCACCACGACAAGAGGAGAUCGCAUGUAGUUGAUGAGAGGAUUAAAAAAGCCAAAGAUAUUAAGAGCGUAAACAAACGGUUUCAACGGCUUGAGUCCCACGUAGUUACCCUGGCACGUUCCGUAGCUCAUUUGUCGUCGGAAAUGCGCACUCAGCAUUUAAUGAUACAAGAAAUGGAAAAUAUUCGGGGCGAAAUAGCCGCGCUGAGGACUCAAACCAGUAUGGCGAUGGUCAGAUCUCAGUCUCAGCCGUUAAUUAAAGACGCCGAAUUGCCCGCACUCUCCAAUCCUUCGAGGGUUAAAAAGUUGACGAAAUUUUUUGGUACUGAGCCUCCACUUAUCCGGCUGUUUCUUAGAGAACUUGGUUAUGAGAAAUAUGCAGCUGCAUUCGAAAAAGAAAAAGUUGGAAUGGUCGAAUUACCGUAUCUGUGUGAAGAAAGACUUCAAAAAAUGGGCGUACCUUUAGGACCGAGACUGAGGAUUCUUCAAGAGGCUAGGAUAUCCGUUUGCAAAGAUCCUAUCUAUGUAGUAUAAUAUUUAUAACACGAGACAUUAUCGAAUGGCGAAUAAAAUAAUUUACCGAUAAAUUAUAAAUUUACCGUACUACCAAUAACUUCUUCAACGAUCUGUAAAUAAUUAUAAUUUUUUCCACUUAAAAGUAUAAAUUUGAUUGAUCAUAUAUCUGAUAUCUAAUUUCAAAACCUAGUACGAGACAAUUUUUCAUUAUUUUUGAAUUUUUUUUUUAAAAAAAUGAAAGUAUGAAUCUGAGGUUUUAAAUUUGGCGCCACUGGUUAAUGAUUAUAAGAAGAUAAAAAGCUGCUUUAAAAAAUGAUCUAUUAGCCAAAGAGAAAAUGUCUUAACGAACUCAAUUUAAAAUAAAAAAUAAAUGAUCCGAGGUUAACUUUGGAAAUUGCUUUAGCUACCAAAGAAAUAACGUUACUGCUCGCGAGUACCAAAAAAAUUUUUGGUUUUUUUAUAUUACUAUUAACUACAUUAUUAUAUACUAUAAUUAUUAAAUUACCUAUUGUACAGUCAUAUAUUAAUGUAACAUUAAUUUUUCAUAAGAAACCUUAUUUUUAAAUUACUCUGAAUAAAUUUUCUACUUAACUUUUUAUAUAAUAGAGUAAAUAAAACGGUUGUAAAAUUUUCCCAAUC